UCCCACCGAGUCGGUCGCCCAAGUGGCCAUCAUGGGCAACACGGGCAGUCACCAAGGGGAUUUGCUUGCUAACCAGACAUCCACCAACAAGUCCAUACCACUAUCCUUUGACUCCUGCCAGCUGGCCCCUCUGGUGCUGUUUCUUCUGGUGGUGGCCUACGCCCUCGUGGUACUCGUGGGGCUUCUGGGCAACCUGUCCCUCAUCAUCAUUAUCACGAGGAAACAGAAGGAAACACAGAAUGUGACCAACGCUCUGAUUGCCAAUCUCUCCCUGUCGGACAUUCUGAUGUGCGUCGUGUGCAUCCCUUUCACCAUGGUCUACACCUUGAUGGACCACUGGAUCUUUGGGGACGCCAUGUGCAAGGUCACCGCCUAUGCCCAGAGCGUGUCUGUCACCGUGUCCAUUUUCUCCCUCGUCUUAAUUGCCAUCGAGCGACACCAACUGAUCGUUAACCCCCGGGGCUGGAAGCCCAACAUGUUCCAGGCCUGUUGUGGCCUGCUGCUGGCUUGGCUAUUCUCCCUCCUGAUGUCCGUGCCAUUUUUCCUCUUCUCCCAGCUGACCGACGAACCCUUCCGCAACAUCUCUCUCCCCGGAGACCCGUUCCGCCACCGGGCGGCGUGUGUUGAGGAGUGGCCAUCCAGGCAGGGUCGGCUGGUGUUCACCACCUCCCUGCUUGGCGUACAGUACUGCGUCCCCUGGGGCUUCAUCUCCGUCUGCUACCUGAAGAUCCUGCUGUGCCUGCGGAAGAGGCAUGGCAAGGUGGAGCGGGUCAGGGAGCAGGAGAGCAGGCGAGUCAACUCAAUGCUGAUCUCGAUAGUGGUGACCUUUGGGGCCUGCUGGCUGCCGCUGAACGUCUUCAACAUCAUCUUUGACUGGAACCACGAAAUCCUGCUCCAUUGCCACCACGACCUUGUGUUCAUCUUGUGCCAUCUGGCAGCUAUGACAUCCACCUGCAUCAAUCCUCUCUUCUACGGGUUUCUGAACAAGAAUUUCCAGAAGGACCUCAUGGACCUGCUUCACCUCUGCUGGUGCUUUGCUCCUCGAGACCACUAUGACAGCAUCGCCAUCUCCACCUUGCCCACGGAAGAGUCCAAAGGGUCCGUGAAAUUCAUCCCUUCCCAGGAGAGCAUUUGAUA